AAUUUGUCAAGUUACAGGUCGUCGACCGAUUUCCAGUUCACUUCCAUCUAAGUAUAUGCUGUUGUCAGAUUUAUUUGCUGGCAGUAGCUUUUGAUCCGCAUUUCUACAACCGUCGCAAUUUCUUCUAGCUGGCGCGAGUAACUUUGUGUCUUCGUCCAAGACCCAAGUCAGGUUCAUACAUACAUAAUUGCUGCAAAUAUGACAUCCGACUCAGUUGGCCGGAAUUUUGCAAAAUGCAUUUCUAGCCACAGACAAAAAACAGAUUGUGGGGAACUUACUUUACUAGAAAACGAUGUGGUGGAGCUGUUGCCGACAUGUUUUGGAAAAGAGAGAGGCUUUUGCUUGGUCCGGUUCGAAUCGAAGGAGGGACUAUUUCCUAUUGACAAGCUAGAUCCUAUUAUCCAACCAAAAGAUGACGAAGUCGACGAGCCGUAUCCUACAUUACUUGAUCCAAUUAUUAUACCGUCCGAAAUCCCAAUACCACUUCCGGCCCCUCCUGCCACGCCUAUUCCUCUCAACCUUGCCGUUCUCGUACCACCCACAGAUCUACAAUUUCCAAUUACUCCACUCAUUAAGUCAUCGACUAUCCUAAAUCUGCCCAUGACAGAUCAGAGUUUAGAACACCAGACCACACUAGCUCAAACAAAGGUGGACAACCUACAGAGCCCAGCGGAAAUUUUAAGCAGGCUGGUCGCCCUUGGAGCAAAACCCGUCUCCCCAAUAUUUAAACAAGAACUGGAAGGUUGUAUCAAACCAAAACAUACUCCUGAAGAAGCCAAAUCGGAAAACAAAAUCCAGACUUCAGAUGUAUCCAUGCCAAUGCCACCACCACCACCUCCACUACCUCCAAUUAUCCCCAUCGAAUCAUGUCCUGCCGUAGGGGACAUUUCAAAACAAUGCAACACAGAAGCUGACGAAGGCUAUGAAGGUGAAGAGUCGAACGGUACUAUCAUAAAGAAAUCCUCAUUCUUGGCAGAGCUGCAAAGAAAAAUUACUGAUAAAUCCAUGAAUCACGACAUUGAACAAAAAAUCAUCUCAAGUUCUCUCAAAGAGAAAAACCCUCUGCUUCUGGAUUCUGAACUGCAACAAUCUCUAGAAAAACAAAAAGCCAAGGAGGAUAGUUCACAUGCUGCUGUAGAUAUUGACGCUAAGUUAAAAGCUUCAAAACCGCAUGAUGACGACAAACAAAUCCCAAAUUUCGGGAUACAUAAUUUGAGGAAAACAGCUAACAACAAAAACCCAACCCCAAAAAACGGUGACGCUGAAAAUGCAACUCAAAAGACCACGACAAUCUUGAGGGCGUCUGCAAAACCAAUAAUCCCAUAUAGAAAGGAUAUGGACAAUAUUGACAAAGAUUUGAAGGCCAAGCUUCUUAAGAGACGAGAUUCCAUGUCAUUACAUGAGAUUUCAACGGCUAGAGUACCAUUGCAUGACAAAACAAAUUCUAUCGUCGAACAGAAGCCUCCAACGCUGUAUGAAGAUAACAAAAUCCAUAUAGAAAAUAUAAUAUGCAAUACAGAAAAAGCGACUUCAACUAACUUUGUUGAGGUAUACCAAACUUGCACCCUCAUAGAUGAGCCAUGCAAAGCUCAAGGGGCCAACGAGAAAUUAAAAAUUCCAGUAAAAUUAACAGAAGAAGCCACCAGUUCUACUGUCUUGCAAGAUUUUGCUCCUACUCCACCCCCGCUUCCUGACAACGCUUGUCAAAGCACAAAAAUGUCCCCUACACGUCCGAAGCCACUAGCUCCUGCUGCUUUGUCAUCGUCACGUAAUUCCGAUGGAGACGCUCGUUCAGACCUUAUGGCCCAAAUUAGGGGAAAAGUGGUGCUGCGGUCGAUCAGCGAAGAAGAAAGAAAUUCAGGAUUCAGAGGUGACACUACCGUUGAACAGAAAUUUAAAAAAUGUGACCUGCUGAACAACGCACUUGCCUCAAUGCGGUAUAAAAUUGCUGAUAGUGAAUCUAGCGACGAAAAUGAGGAGGAUGACGAAGUCCAGGAGGAAGCAGACUGGAAUUAAGUUCCCUUUGGUAAACUUCAUAAUAGGUUUUUAUUAAAAGCGUAUUAAAACUAAAACACUUGCAUCAGUUUCAAUAUUAUAAUUUAUAUAUACGAAAUUAUGUCCUCAAAAAAUGCACUUUAUAUAUGUAAAUCCGGACCUUCUUAUUAACCGCAGUUUUCAUAUUUUAAGUAAAAACUUGUAUAGCUUAUUUACUCAGAUGGACUAAGGCUAAAGAAUAAAACAAAUUCAAGUAACA